GCAGUCAUUCAUUCCUCAUAGAGGCAAUUGUACUUUAAGAAAACAAUAAUGGCGUAUUCAGUGAAUAUCUCUGUAGAAGCACCAAUCGAGAAUCAAAUUCAAGAAAUUACUUACGAUGGCCAAGAAAUCUACCAAGCACCCCUUACAUUGUCUGAAAAUUUGGCAAAAAUCGCGCAAAAAAUUGACUUUAGCAAAACCAAUGGUGAAGAUGUUAAAAAGGAAACUGAGGGUGGGGAAAAGAGUGAAGAAGAUACGAAAGAUUCAGCUUCUUUUCAGUCAUCUUUAUGGCCAUGGGAUAGCGUUAGAAAUAAACUAAGAAAUGCAUUGACAGAAGUAUGUGUGUUAGCUGAUGUUCUUGCAAUAGCAAAAGAGAAGCAUUAUAUGGUUCUUGAUCCUGUGCCUCAAGAGCUACCAGAAGCAAAGACUAUGUAUCAAUUAUAUGCUAGAAAAAAAGCAUUGGCUGGAGCUGCGUCUGUCAUUAUGAUGGGCGCUGACAGAUUAAAAAACUGCCAGAAUGAACUAGCGAGAAAUAGAUCAACCCCAGAUUUUCAUAUUGAAUUACUGAGAUUGAGACAAAAUUGGCGUUUGAAAAAAGUUUCUAAUUCGAUAAUUGGUGAUCUUAGUUAUAGAACAGCUGGAUCUAAAUUCCCUCAGACUGGAAUGUUUGAAGUUACUAAGGCAGAAGAGGAAGAGAAGAGUAGUACGAGUCCUCCUGCAUCUCCAAGUCCUGGUAAUAACGUACUAGGUCAAACCCAUCCUCCAAAUUCUAAGGCUUCUGCUCUGAGAGUUACUAUUCCUAGUGAAUUACAGGGUGUUGCUUACAUAGAGGUAUUAUGUCAAAAAGACCAAGAAGAUUUAUGUAGUGCAAAUAUUAGUUUACUUAAUAACAGUGCACAUAGCUCCAAUGCAGACAUGCACUGGCAGCAAAAACUAGAAGCUGCACAAAAUGUUCUUUUUUGCAAAGAAUUGUUCAGUCAAUUAGCAAGAGAAGCGGUACAUUUACGUGCGCCUAUACCUCACAUGGUUGUCGGCAAUCAAAUAAUGGCAACAGUGUUGCCUGGGAUUCAGUUAAUCAUAGGACUUUGUCAUAGUACGGGGAAUGACAAAAAACCAGCCGCUCCUCCUCCUCAUAAAACCGAUCAUGACCAUGUGUUAGAACACUCUUUGCAUCAGCUAUUACGUGAAGUUCAUCACAAAAAUACGCAUCAUCCAUUUCCACAUCCUUCUUCUGGACCUCUCGGGCCCAGUAAAAGGAGAUGUUUAGCUGGUCCAACAGCUGCGGACAGAUAUGAGCUUUUAGAAAUGACAAAAAGUCAAACUCUUUUAGAACAAAUUAUUCAACAAGCUCAACAUUAUUUCAUGCGAUUACGUACUGAGUAUGUCUUAGAUACAAUAGCAAAGGAAGUAAAAGAUCCUUUGAUUGUUUCUCAUUGGAAUGCGUUAAAUUCUCCCACCCAAUCUUGUGUAAAAAUUAAUAUUUUAACACAUGGAUACGACACAGUAUGUCGAACGUCGCUUGUUGUUCAUAUAGGAGAGAAGUCCUUGAAAUGCGUUUGCCGAGAUGGUAGAGUAAUGCAUAUGAGUUAUGAACCUCAAGAAUUACGGGACCUAAUAUUUUGUCAGAUCUAUCAGCAUCAAAUAACAGCAGUACAAGCAUUAGCAAAAUGUAUGGGAUGGCAGUUUUUAGCCAAUAGUUCACACCUUGGUUUAGGAGCAGUUGAACCUCUAGGAAACGCUAGCAGUUGUAUUUUAGCUUCACCAAUAGGCGAUAGGAUGAUAGCUGUUAGGUGUGAACCGCAAACGGGAGUACAAGUUGCGAUAGCUCAUUCUCCUCGGAAGGACUUCUUUCCUGGACAAUUAGUGAGAGAAAGAAAGUGGGAAAAUUUAGGUGGUUCUUUUAAAGAAGUUCGGUGGGAUAAAAUGGAAGGGAAAAAUUUUUUAAACAAAAUGGAAUUACUUAUGGCUUCCUUAACAAGCUCCUAGACGCUAUCAAUGACUGAUUAGGAAUUUAAUUGUUCCACAGAAUGAAAAAACGUGACCACGCAUACAGAUUUUAUUUUUCCUUUGAUAUACUCUCUACACCUUUUAAUUGUAUAAUUGAAUUAUAGAUAAAUUUUUCGAGUGAUAUCUUGCGACUGUGAUUCACUCUAUUUUCCAAAUUUAUCUUUUUUCAAUAAAAAAACCGAUUAGAACACUCA